UGGGGCCCGGCCGCUGCCCUCGGGCGCUUUGCUGCCGUCUCCGGGCUCGGCUCCGCCCCGCCGCUGCCCCCCGCCGGCUCCUGGCUCCGGGGCGAGGGGGCAGGGCAGCGAUGCCAGGUCUGAAAUCCGAAGUGAUCGGCUUUGCUGAAAAAGUGUGCAAAUAAGUCGCCGUCUUCUGUACUUGAUCUUGCUCCCUGUGACUGGGUCUUCGAAGUGGACCCCAAAGUCGGUUAAGACUCCCUGAGAGUGGUGUGGGUUUUGCCUGUGCUGCAUCAAUGAGCUGCCUCAAAUGAUCGGGGUUUUGAGCGCUUUUCCUGUUGUUGAUUGUACAAGGGUUGAAAUUAUCACAUAAAUACAAGGCCGGGCACAGGCAUGAACAAAUCAGGCAGCCGCCUGGGGCCUGGAUACAAAGAGGGCCCAAAAAUGGUGGUGGUAUUAUUAUUAUCUGUAGUGAAGGGGGGCCUGAUACUAAAAGUUGGUCAGGGGGUGCCUAGAGUCUAGGUGCGGUGCUAUAUAAAUAAGAUAGUUACUGUACACCUGGCAAUGCUGGAGCAGGGUGCUGUUGCCGGCUCCAGGUGCCUUUGCACCUGUGGCACGGCCCAAACUUGGUGCCUCUCCUUCUGCCGCUUUGCCUUCUCUCUCCCCUGCCACAUGAGUCCUGCCAGAGUUGGGGACUCCCUUUGCUUCCCAAGCUGGUGGAUUCCCCACCAAGCACUGGGUGGGAGACAGCUGUCUGCAAAGGACUGACCUGUCACUAAGGCCCCCACUGGUUUUUCCAACCAUUUUGCUGGAAAUGAAACCGCAUGAGACUGACCGUGUUUUAUAGAGACAAGAUGCUGGCUGCCCAGGUUCCCCUCUGUAGCAGGCUCAGGAGUUCUAUCUCUGUUAAGUGUCGGGGUUCAUGGCAGUUUUAGGAGGAGUUUUGAUUUAUGGUUUAGAUAGGGAUGGCCCUGCCUCAGGCAGGGGAUUGGAUUUGAUGGCCUCUGGAGGUGUCUUCCAACCCAACCGCCCUAUGAUGUGGGAACUCGCAAGCAGAUAUUUUACACUAGCUUCUUUUCUUCUUAAUUGGUACGGUAAUCCAGAGCUGAAAAACGUGUGCAGGAUUUUAAGAAAAUGUGCUUUAAACUCACAGUGAACAUAAGGCUGGUGAUAAUGCAGGGUUCUUGCAUCUAGAUCCAAGGGUCUUGUAGCCCAGGGGAGAUGCCACAUUGGAGUUCUGCUCACAGUCCUCGCACCUAUGUUUAAGAAAAAUAAAUUGUUCUUCUGCUUCUGUGUAUGGCACGUUUUUGAUGGCACAGCAGAGUAAAAUCAAAUUAAAUUAAUUGUUUCUUUACGUUAACCUUUUUGGCCUUUUGAAUAAGUGUGGGACUGUAGAUGUAGGAUGCUUUACUCUUCCCCUCUGUCAUCCAGCUCUGUAAUGUUCGUUCUUUGUGCACCCCGAGCAGAAAGGAAGGAUUCUAUCUCUGGCUUCUCUUUCUCCCUCGUUUAGUGGUGUUAAUGAAGUGCUGAGCCAGUCACUGAAUGUUGCUUCUGCUGACUGCCCUAUGUGGAGGAACAGAAUAAGAGAGAAAAGUAGAUGUGAGAUGAGAAGGGGAGAGGAGAACUAAGAGACACAAGAAGUGCUGUCAAUAGCUUAGUGACAUAUCGGCAUAUGAAAUGGAGCUCUAUCAUGUUCCUUUAUGGAAUGUCAAGGACUUGGAUAUAUCUUGUAUUUGUUUUAGCAGCCUUUUUCUUAAGGGAUUUGCCUCAUAAAUCUGAUCUAUCAGCCACAAGAAAGAUUGCUAUGAUGAUAAAAUCUUCAUGGAAUUGGAGCUGAAGGGUGGGAUGAGCAGAAAGAUUGUGAAAGGUCUUUCUCAUUGUCAAGAGAAGGAAGGGAAGCUCUUUUUUUUUGUUUGUUUUUGUUUUUUAUUUAAACUGAAUUGGACCGUAAAACCUAUUCUGGCAUAUGAGCAAGUGAUAAUUCUUUCCCAUCCCCACAGAAGAUUCCUCAGGGAUCCAACUUCCAUAUCUUUUAACAUGCAAAUCCAAAGGAUCGGAGGAAACAGAUGAGUGGAGAAGCAGAAAUAUAAGAUGAACAACUUGACUUUGGUGAAGAAGCUUGUAACUCAGUUUUGUUUCCUAUAACCAUCUGCCUAUUCAUCUACUGUUUGGUAGUAAUCUUUCAGUUACAGACCUUUGGAGAGGUGAUCCACUCCAGACAGGAACAAUGCUUGAAUUAUGUCUAAAAAUGAUAACAUUCUGUAGACUUGCCCACUCUAGGUGUCUAGGUAGACCUGGGCCCCGGGUCUACCUAGACACCUAGAGUAGUAAAUGACUUGAAUAAACAUACAGCUUCAGUCUUCCAUUUCCUAAACACACAUUGAGACAGACAACAUAAGGCUUCAUGGUAAUGGUAAAUUCCCACACUCCCCAUGCUGUAUUCAACCAAGUGAAAUGGACUGCUGCCAGUUCAUUCAUACUAUUUGAUGAAAUACAUUAUUACCUACAAAAACCUCAAGCCUCUGAAUGAGUUGGAGCAGGGUGUCACCUUUAGAAACUGUCCCUGUCUUCUUCCUGAUUUAGAUUAAUACGUCUAAUAACCACCCCUGUGGACAUACUGCACAUAUCUUUCCUUAGUACAUGGAUUUCCAGUGUAAUGGUCAUACACUUCAGUUUUCUUACUCUUGUAUAAUACUGGACCACAGCUGCACAGUUGGGGUGAAAAACAUGUCUUUACACAAUACAGUUAAAGCUUAGUAAUUAUAGCAGCUGGUGGAGGCUCAUGGUUGUCUCUCUACUGGUUCAGUGUGUGCAUUUUGGUCAGACUGUACACCCCAGUGAACUAUGUAUUUUGUCUAGUUCUGAUUUUUUUCCAUCCAAUUCUUUGUAGUAAAGGCAUCCAAAAAUACUGCUCCACAUACUGUUGUAUACGUCCCUGAAUAGGGUUAGUAAGGACAGCUAGAUAGAAUACCUCUCCAAACGUUUCUUAGGGAAAAAUAAGCAGAGUACUCAAUGAAGGCAUAUAAAUAGUUGUGAUAGCAGAAGAGCUGCUCGAAGAAACCAAAUCAUGUUACUUGUAACCAGUUAAGGUGACUGUUUUUAACUAGGUAAAACACAAACAUGUUUAAUGGUGUGUUGUGUGUAGAGCACUCACAUUUUUUUCUCACUUGAAGUUUUUUUUUUUUAAAUGAGCAGAAGAAAAUUGAGGGCGAAGGGUUAUGUAUUCCAACCAGAGCUAGACAUCUUACCUCAUAAAAAUGAAUGAAGUGUGUGGAAGUAGAGGUCAUAACUCUCAGAAUAGCAAGAAAGCUGCCGUUUGUUUGCCUGCCGGCAGGGUACUUUAAUUUCAUUUGGUUUGGUUUUUGGGACACGGGGAGGCUUUUGGAUGCUUGUUAAGGAGGGCUCAGCAGAACUGAAGGGGAAAAAAAAAAAUGGGAGUAAAAUGGUUAUGUGACCCCUGCUGACUUGACUCAAGUUCUUAUCUAAUAUUUAGAUGCAAGUCCCAUGCUGUCCACACACAAGCCCUUACUGUGAUUUCUGUGGUCUCUGAACAUAUGCCCUUAGCUGGGUAAGCAAAGUUACAGCAUAGAUUCCAUUAAUGCAAGCUCUUAAUUCCCCUACUUUGCAGUGAGGAUGCAGUUGAAGUACAGGUUAUGGAAUUCAAACUGGAACUCCUCCAGUGCCUUUCCAUAGUUCUCCAGGCAUAACAGCCUUUCUGUUUGCUUCUCACUUUCAUCCUAGGCACCAGAAGCCACCUGUGGCUUAUGUAUACUUGGUCAGCAUUUAAAUUUCUUGCUUCAUACUACCAGCUCCAUUUUUGUACAGAGCAGCUCACCUCCACCUUUAUGCACUAAUGCCCCAGAGACCCUCAUCCCAGCAUUCUGCUAUCUUGCCAGAUGUUUGCACCAUGGUUCUGAUUGUCCUCUGAUGUGAGUGUAUGAAGGAAUGUGACUUCCGGAAAUGUACCUUGAAAUGCUCACAUAAAGAUGCUGCUUUAAAAGAAGCUGGAGGAAGAGGGCAUCAGGUGAAUGGCAGCCCCAUGUUGGGUGUAAACUAAAGGCUGCAAAGGCACAUAUUGCAAGGAUGCCAACUAAAUAGAUAGCAUGUCCUUGUAGUGGACAUUUGGGGACAGGUGGAUGGGGAGUUAAUUCCUAGGGCAAUGUGGAGUGUUCUGUCAAAGCUUGUUAUCAUGUUUGACAGACUUUUAAGGCAGCAGGGUCUGAUUAUUAGAUGAGGAAACAACAACUGGAGGCAGCAGAGGAGGGAACCUUGGUAGUGAGGCACGGAUCAGAAAUGGACCUUGGACCUGGAACAGGCCAUGUGGCUAAAAGAUGCUCUCGGACCAAAUUUCCUGGCUGUUCUUGGUGAUAGCCCCCAGGAAUGGAUCGGAGAGGAAACCAGCAUCAAAGCCAGAGCCAGGAGCUUCCACCUCUGCGGAACCAAUUCAGAACCCCCAUGCUUCUUCUGGAGAAAACCCUAAACCUACAGGACCCCAGCUGAAUGCACAGCUAGAAGGUUGGCUUUCUCAAGUACAAUCUACAAAAAGACCUGCUAGAGCCAUUAUUGCACCCCAUGCAGGAUAUACCUACUGUGGGUCUUGUGCAGCCCAUGCUUAUAAACAAGUGGAUCCUAACAUCACUAGGAAAAUUUUUAUUCUUGGGCCUUCCCAUCAUGUGCCCCUUUCCCGAUGUGCACUUUCCAGUGUGGACAUAUAUAGAACACCUCUGUAUGAUCUUCGAAUUGAUCAAAAGAUUUAUGGAGAAUUGUGGAAGACUGGAAUGUUUGAGCGUAUGUCUCUACAGACAGAUGAAGAUGAACACAGUAUUGAAAUGCAUUUGCCUUAUACUGCUAAAGCCAUGGAAAGCCAUAAGGAUGAGUUUACCAUUGUUCCUGUGUUGGUCGGAGCACUGAGUGAGUCAAAAGAACAGGAAUUUGGAAAACUCUUUAGUAAAUACCUAGCAGAUCCUAGUAACCUCUUUGUGGUUUCUUCUGACUUUUGCCAUUGGGGUCAAAGGUUCCGUUACAGUUACUAUGAUGAAUCCCAAGGAGAAAUUUAUAGAUCCAUUGAGCACCUAGAUAAAAUGGGUAUGAGCAUUAUAGAACAGCUAGACCCUGUAUCUUUUAGCAAUUACUUGAAGAAAUACCAUAAUACAAUAUGUGGAAGACAUCCCAUUGGGGUAUUAUUAAAUGCUAUCAAUGAGCUCCAGAAGAAUGGAAUGAAUAUGAGCUUUUCAUUUUUGAAUUAUGCCCAAUCAAGCCAGUGUCGAAACUGGCAAGACAGCUCAGUGAGUUACGCAGCUGGAGCACUGAUGGUCCACUGAAACUUUGAAUACUCAGGGAUGGCACCUGCACACACUCUCUAUACGGGGUCCCAGCCUAGCCCUUGCAAAGAUACAGUUCCUGGUCUUUGGGUAUACUGAAACCUCAAACUAAUAGAACUCUCUUCUUUUCUAGUAGGUGUAGUCCUUCCUUAGUUUCAACUCAUUUAAAAAUGCCUUGUUUAGGACAAUGGAAAAAAGGCUGGUGUCUGUCAAUAUUUUGUGAUUUUAAAAGGUGAUGAUGAUUGUAAAGGCAUGGUGGCAGACAGUCCUUAAAAGUACAACAUGUAAAGCAUUUACCAUAUCCUAAAUUUGCACUCUUUGCAGACCUGUGCACAUGUAUUCAGCUUUCAGAAUAGUUUUGCAAGUUGUAAACAGAAAAAAGGGGUGGAAGCUUUUUAAUAAAAAUGCAUUUAUAAAUGAUCCUGUAUUAGAAUAUAAUAAAUCUCCAGUAUAGUCAGUUACUACCCGUGUUGUACAACAGAUAUCUUCUAUUUUAGUUGCUAAUAAAGGGCUACACAAACCAAAAUAGUCUGAUUUAAACUUAUUGCUUUGUGUUCUGUAUGUGAACUGCUAAUCAUAACUUCAUUUCUUCUCAGCUUUUAUGCCUGAUAAGGAAACUCAACCAUUCUGUAAAGUACUUUUAGAAUGUAUUUUAUAUUCAACAUUUGUCAUGACUGUGUCAUUUACAGAAUUUUUUUACCUCAAAGCUGCAAUAUGAGUUCAGCUUUGCAAAUGGUUUUUUAAAAACUUUUGUAUUUUUAGUGCUUGUAUUUGUUUCACAGAACAACAUAUAACAUUAUCUUCUAACUUACGAUACAAAUAGUCAAAAAACCCAAUUUUGGUGAUUUUUUGCUUGAAGCUUAUUAAACGAAAAUGAAUACCUAACUUUACUUGCCUUGAUUUAAGAUUGAAAACAGUAAUCUACAGAUGAGGUGAAUCUGAAAACUCACAGAUCAUAAAGGCCACAUCAGAUCUUAAGGAUCUGAGUGGGGAAAACCCUCACAUUUGAAAAUUUAAAUAUUUUUUUUAAAAUGUGUUCCAGUAUCUUAAAACAUCACCACAUCUUAUGGGUUUCUUGAGCUUUUUCCAACCAAAAUAUGAAUUGUUUGUUCAUUUAGCACCAUUUUGGAAGACUGUUUUGUUUAAUAAAUAGCACAAAGUGUGAUGGCAGUAGUUACUCUUUAUCUAAAUGGAGUUAAUAUUCCCUGAGCUGUGAUCUAAAGUAGGCAGCCUUUACAUGUGUGUAAUACUUGGCUUUUGGUGGAGAGAGGAACAUUGAUAAAUAAGAUCGAUUGACACUUAUGAGCAUCAUUGCACAUGAUGUCUCCAGCUUAAAUUGUGCCAGAUGUGAUGUUUUCUGGAAUUUUGGGAAUCGAUAUGUAGCUUGGACACUACUUGCAGAAAUAAUGCCACACCCGUAUUUUUCUUUGGAUGGUCACCACUUCUCUUAUAUCAGGUGAAUGCUCCAUUUAUAAAAAUGAACUACUUUACAGAUAUUUCUAAGCCAUCAUAAACUCCAAACAUUUUUUGCGUGUUUUCUCUGUUUGUUGCCUUGCUGCUUUGACCUCUUGAAAACUUACAGCAGCAGACAGAAAACUGUUUUGGGCUAUCAAAGAAAAACAGAAAUAUGUGAAAGUAAAAUUGAAUUGGUAGUCACUUAUAGUUUCAGAGGUUUCUGACUGUGCCUUAUUUAUCAGAGAUGAUUUUGUCAUUGAAAUGAACACAUUUCUUCUUUUAAAUUUUAUCAAUUCAAGGAUUAUUUAGAAGUUGAAUUUGUCAUCCAUAAUACCAAAUGUGGCAUUGAAAUGUGCAGUUAUUUGAAUUGAUUAAACAUAUCCUUUCUCCAUAAGGUAAAUGUAGUAAUAACCUUCAAAUACAGAUAUUUUUAAGUUGCAUCUCUGCUCUGUAAGAAGAUAUUUUGGUUUUCUUUGUUUUUAAAAAAAAAAAACAACUGGAAACUUUCCAAGGAAAAUCUGACAACCAUUUUACUCAGCAUAGUGUUCUGAAAUAUCUCUCAAUGACACGACUUCUUAC